AUGCGGGGUGCGCUAUUUGGAGAUCAGAUAGAGGCAUACAAGGACGCAUUUGUGCACAAAGGAGAAUAUGAAACAGUUGAUGCUCCCAUCAGGCAUGCAGACCCACAAUGGAAGAAAACCGAAGAGGAGCUUGACUUCCAGAUGACCUUUGGACGGCAGACAGUCAUCCAACGUGUGAACGCUGAAGCAGGCCCUAUCCUGCCCGACUACCAGUCCAUUGCUUCUAUCCCAAGAGCUGGGGAUCCUGAUGAUAGAUAUGAUAUUGUUGGAGUGGUUCUAUAUGUUGAGGAACAGCCAAGGACUAUUACCACUACCCAGGACCGCCAAGUCUUGGUUCGAGAAAUUAUCAUUGCUGAUCACAGGUAUCUUUGCCAGCCACCAUCAUUUAUCUUAGUGUCACCUUUCACUCAUACAAACACACUGAUAUAUCUACCACUUCUAUUUGUCAUCUCUGAACAACCAUUAAUCAUCUCCAUCUGGAAUGAUCUUGCUGAAGCUGAUUGUGACUCGCUCUCCUGCUGGGGUGAGAAGUUUGUUGUGGUUGGCUUCACUUCCUUGAGGGCCACAUCCCACAAAGGUUUCUCCCUCUCAUCAAGCAUAUCCACUGUGUUCGUUCAUGAUCCUGAAGGGCACAGAGCAGAUGCACUGAAAGAAUGGGCACUCCGCCAUCAAGUUGUCCUUGCUGAUAGACAGGCACGGGUCCUUGAUGUUAGGAACCCCUCCAAUGAAAAGGUGAUCAUAACCCUAGAUGAACUGAGGAACAAAAAGAAGACCAACACUCUCCAAGAGGAGCGCCCUUGGUUAAAAGUGUGUAUAUCUGAUGCAAGACUUGAGAAAGUGCAUGCUUAUCUUGGCUGCCCUAACGGUGGUAAGACAACCACUGUGCCAGUUGGUGAAGCUUUUAACUGUCUGACCUGCUCUAGGAACGGCGUUAUAUCCACUCCUAGAAUCACUUUCAACUGCGAAGUCUCAGAUGACACGGGCACAUAUGCCUUCACAACCUUCACCGAGGAUUCUGAAAGACUUUUCAGAAUGGCUGUUGCUGAUAUCUUCAGGAUGAAACACGCUUUAAGUAAAGUAGCAAUUGAGGAAGAUGUCGUGGAGGAUGUCCUCACAACUGAUGCCAAUAGAGCAGAGAAUGCUACCGGGACAGAUGUGGCCACUGAAGGAAAUGCAAGCGCACAGAAUGCUAUUUCUUUGAAUGCUGGGCAUGCUGAUGUAGAAGAUUACACCAAUGCUGAUCCUUUGGAUGCGGAAAAUGCAGCUACUGAAGAUGAUGAUGCUAAUCACAGUUCAGAGGAAUGA